GAAAGACAGACGGAGAGACGUUUGAGCUGGAGAUUGCCAUUCAUCACCCAUUGGAUGUGCAUCAAACAACUUUCACUUCGUAUCUUAGAGGUUGUGGUCUUGUAGAAAAUGUUUGAAUCUUUGAACAAACGUAUCCAGGACAGUCUGGUGGAGCGAAGAAGCCGCCGGACCAGACUUGUGACCAAAGAUGGUCGCUGCAACAUUGAAUAUGGAAACAUCAAGUACAGCAAACAUUUUGCCUUCCUUGCUGACUUCUGGACCACGUUUGUGGAGAUCCGGUGGCGUUUUGUUCUCUUCUUCUUCAUUGCCUCUUUUACCCUCAGCUGGUUCAUUUUUGGCUUGCUGUGGUACUGGAUUGCCCGCAAUAAUGGAGACCUGACAUGGCAAAACCCCCCAUCUGACCACACUCCUUGUGUUGACAAUGUUGUAGGACUUACCACAGCUUUCCUUUACUCCCUUGAAACCCAGACAACUAUUGGUUAUGGUGGGCGAGCACUCACCCCUCUCUGCCCAGGUGCUGUGGCCCUUCUCAUCAUCCAGUCCCUCCUCGGUGCCAUUAUCAACUGCUUCAUGUGUGGAGUCAUCCUGUCCAAAAUCUCUUUGCCCAAAAAGAGGGCAAAGACCAUCACCUUUAGUGACAUGGCUGUCAUAAGCCCCAAAAAUGGUUCUCUUUGCCUCUCAAUCAGAGUGGCCAACCUUCGCAAGACCCUGAUGAUUGGAAGCCAGAUCUAUGGCAAACUGCUGAAAACCACAAACACGCCAGAUGGGGAGACAAUCAUCAUGGACCAAGUGAACAUUGACUUCAUGGUGGAUGCCGGGAAGGACAACCUCUUCUUCGUAUGUCCUCUAACGCUCUACCACAUCAUCGACAAGAGCAGCCCUUUUUUUGAUAUGGCAGUGGACACGCUCCACAAGCAAGAGUUUGAGUUGGUUGUCUUCUUAGACGGCACGGCAGAGUCCACCAGCUCCUCCUGCCAAGUGCGGACCUCCUUUAUUCCUCAGGAGAUCAUGUGGGGCUACAACUUCUUGCCCAUCAUCUCCAGAAGCAAGGAGGGCAAGUACAGAGUAGAUUUCUCCAACUUCUCCAAGGUGGUGCCUAUAGCCACUGCACACUGUGCCUACUGUUUCCACAACAUCAAGGGUCAUCAUCACCAUUCCAGAGAUGGACAUGACAACCAGGGCUUUGAGGUGAUUGAUAUCAGUGAUCCUCCAAAUGUCACCAAGAUGUGAGAUGGUGGAGACAAUUACUACCAAUGAACUUGGAAACCGAGACUGGUAGAGGUUUGUACAUCUCAAAGACAAACCCAUCAAGACUGUAAAGGACAAACUGGUGCUAAAGGCAGGUGGGGUGACCUAAUGGCAGACAGCGCAUUGUGUAGCAUUUAAAAAAUAAGUAAAGAAAACCUACUUAUUUGUUAUUCUUUUGUGUUUAACUGAGAUAAGGAAGCUGUCCGUGGGUCAGGGCGGUUAUUGUUAUAGUAUUUGUAUGUAAAACCACACCUGCCACUGUCUGCUGACCAAAAACCUGUUUUCAAAAGGGAAGCCAGGUCAUGCAAGAUGGUGAAGUUACAGUUCAAGAAAAGAAACUCCACUAACUCGCAAGAAAUAUACAUAUGUGCUUUUGCUGUAUAUGAAGACAAAUGGUUCUAAUUUACCUUUGGUCUUUACUGAGCAUGGAGAGGCAGAAAAAAAAAACAAAGCAAAUGUGUUAUCCUGUAUAUAAAUCUUGCGAUUACUUAAAAGACCAGUGUUGGUGGCCAUGCUGUUGUCAUGGGUGAGAAAAAGAUAAAGUAGUGGUUCAAUAAUGUGGUAUAAUAAUAGACACUUGGACUUGAACCAUUACAGUAUGUUUUAACUAUUCAGACACUGAGGCAUUAGCAAAGGGUUGGGCUCAGGGGCCAGUUUUUUCAAACAGUGGGUGAUAUGGUUGUGGUUUUCUUCUUCAGUGAAGAUAUUGUCAGAGAACAAAGCUCUCAGGAAACACUUAAAAUAUGGCUGCAUGCAGCACUGACUAUAGAAUGAAAAUCAGUUGUGUUUGUUAAAUCUUUUUUGUAUUUG